AAACCCUAAUCGUUAUUCAUUCAUGGGAUAUUUGACAACCUCCUACGAAGAUUAAUCGCGUAUUUCUAGGUGUGGUGUAGGAAAAGUGCGUGAAAAGGCCCCAAAGACACCCCAAUGGCUGCCACACUGAAGCCCUAUUUGACUGCCGUUCGUCACACUUUAACUGCGGCUAUGUGCCUGUCCAAUUUCUCCUCGCAAGUCGUGGAGAGGCACAAUAAACCCGAAGUCGAGGUGAAGAGCAGCAAAGAACUGCUCCUGACACCCGUUGUCAUCUCCCGGAAUGAGAAGGAACGUGUUCUGAUUGAGACCAGUGUCAAUUCCGUUCGGAUUAGCAUUGCCGUGAAGCAGGCAGAUGAAAUUGAGAAGAUUCUCUGCCACAAAUUCACGCGUUUCAUGAUGAUGCGAGCGGAGAAUUUUAUCAUACUCCGCCGGAAACCCAUCGAUGGCUACGAUAUCAGCUUUCUGAUAACAAAUUUCCACACUGAGCAAAUGUAUAAGCACAAACUCGUAGACUUUGUCAUUCACUUCAUGGAGGAAAUCGACAAGGAAAUCAGCGAAAUGAAGCUGGCCGUUAAUGCUAGGGCUAGGAUCUGCUCUGAGGAGUUCCUAAAGCGAUUUUAAAACUUGGACAGACUCCUGAAAGUGUCUCCUUGACAGCAUUUCCUUGUAUUCCACAAAAAAACUUUUCUUUUGUAUUGGUAUUUUUUUUUGAUUCUACAUUAAAUUAAAUCGAGAUUUAAAACUUAGAAAUUAAA